UCUCUUCUUCGUCUUCUACUUUCUCCGAGUCGCGUUCCUGUGUGGCUUUCGUCGGCGAUUCUUAUUGAGCUGUGUUUAAUCGAUCGGGUUCACGGGUUCGUUGGAAUCAGUAUUAUGGCGCCCAGUAAGAAGUUGAAGAGUGUGAACAAGCGCUUCACCACUGAAGCUUCUUCAGAUAUCAAUGUUGGGAGCUCAUCCAAAACCAAUCAACGAAAGAAGAAACUGACUGACAAGUUGGGACCUCAGUGGACCAAAGGAGAGCUUGAGCGUUUCUAUGAUGCUUAUCGGAAGCAUGUGGGUGACUGGAAAAAGGUAGCUGCUGUUGUGCGGAAUAACCGGUCUGUUGAGAUGGUGGAAGCUCUUUUCUCUAUGAAUCGGGCAUACUUAUCCUUGCCCGAGGGAACUGCGUCUGUAGCUGGCCUCAUUGCAAUGAUGACUGAUCAUUACAGCGUCAUGGAGGGGAGCGAAAGUGAAGGAGAAGACCAUGAUGCUUCUGGAGUACUGACCAAACAUCAGAAGCGCAAACGUGCUAAAGUUCAGGCUAUUGAUUUUCAGGAAGAAGCUAUUCCACCACAUUCAGUUGCAUCAACAGAAGGAUGCCUCUCACUACUGAAGCAGACACAAGCUUUUGAAAAAAGGCAACGUGCCACUGGGAAGCGUACACCAAGGUUUCUUGUAGCAAUUACAUACGAGGGGGGUGGUAGAGAAGAUUCUACUCCAUCAAAUAAAAGAGCCAAGAAACAACUUGAUCCCGUUGAUGAUGCAUCAAGAAGGGGAGGAGGAGGCUCUCCAUAUAAAAGAACAGAACUCAGUGGCAGCACACCAGUUAGGCUUGGAAAGAGGUUACAAGCACAGGAAGCUCAAUCCAAGCACCCCGAUAGUUGCAUGUUUGAGAAUAGGGUGAGAAUAAGCCGAGAUAAAAGGCAUAAAAAGGGACCUGCUGAUAUAGACGAUGCAUUGUUGAUGGAUAUGGUUCCCCAGAAGGGGAAAACUGUGAGAGUUGAAGAAGCAGAAGGAAUUGAUGAUGAUGAUGAUUAUGCAAUACAAGGUCUGAAUGCAUUGGCUGAUCUUUCAGCUUCACUGGCUCCGAGUGGUUUGAUUGAAUCAGAAUCAUCUGCACGGAGGGAAGAAGAAAGAAUAGCGAACAACGUGGGUGAGAAAUCUAGCACACUGGAAACCGUGUUCACAAGCCAUCACAGAGAAAAAGCAAAACAAGUAGGACCAGAAGACGGUCUCCUACAUGAAGUUUCAGCCGCAGAUAAAAGAAAACCGAAGCCUGUGCAGGAACCCGUUGAUGGUAAUGCUGUUUCCGUCGGGGAUCUUGGCACUUCAAAAAGAAAACGUAAACCAAAGUUUCAGGUGCUAGAUGUUGAAGUUUCAGAAGAGUCUAUUCAGACCAAAUCUCUAUUUACUAAGGAAUCGGCUGAAGAUGAUAACUUGAAGACUCUGGUCAAAGCAAGACCUGCUAGUGAAGGUCCAGCGAAUCAGCUGAAAGCUGCAAAGACCUCGGAAGAAUCUUCUUUAACUAGUGAUAAGAAUAUAACUGGACCGGAUGCAGUAGUUUCAGCUUCACAAGGUUCAGCGGAUCCAGUGGCUUUUCCACAGAAACGUCCAGACAAGCGUAAGAUGAGUUUGAAGAAAAGUUUACAACAAAGAGCUAUAUCUUCUGAAACCACUCAUGACAAGACACGUAGUUUCGAAAAGUUGUCAGAACAUGAAUUACUACAGGAGAAAGUUUCGACUUGUCUGUCAUAUCCAUUGGUACGUCGAUGGUGCAUAUUUGAAUGGUUCUACAGUGCUAUUGACUACCCCUGGUUUGCAAAGACAGAGUUCACUGAUUAUUUAAAUCAUGUGGGUCUCGGUCAUGUUCCAAGACUUACUCGUCUUGAAUGGAGUGUCAUUAAAAGUUCCCUCGGAAGACCUCGGAGAUUCUCUGGGAGAUUCCUACAGGACGAGCGGGAUAAACUCCAACAAUAUCGUGAAUCUGUGAGAAGGCAUUAUACAGAGCUCCGUGGAUGUGCUAGGGAAGUGCUUCAUACAGAUUUGGCCCGGCCUUUAUCAGUCGGGAAUAGAGUCAUUGCCAUCCAUCCUAAAACGCGGGAAAUUUGUGAUGGCAAGAUUCUUACUGUGGAUCAUGACAAGUGCAACGUUCUGUUUGAUGAAUUGGGAGUUGAGCUAGUCAUGGACAUUGACUGCAUGCCCUUAAAUCCAUUAGAAUACAUGCCAGAGGGUCUGAGAAAGAAAAUCGAUAAGUGCUUGUCUAUAAGUAAAGAAGCACAGCUUAACAGACACUCAAACUCUGAUGCAUCUCUUCUGUUCUCUCCUCCUGUGCUUGAAAAUGUCAAAUUUUCAAAGAAUUCUCCUGCCAAACAGGAUGACAUCAGCGAGCCAGUUUUGUAUAAUCAAGAGUUAGCAACCAACACUUCUGAUCAAUCUGUCAAAACCAAUAGCCAAACAAGAGGAACUGAAAUUCAACGACCUCUGACACUGCAGCGUACUUCAGAUGAACAGGAAAUGGAGCCAGAAAUUAUUGAAAUUGUCAGUGGUUCAAAGUCGAUAGCGCAAGAAAUGGUGGAUGCAGCUAUGAAGGCUGCAUUGUCGGAGAAGAACAACAACAGCAAUGAAGACUCAGGAAAUAUGGUCCAACAAGCUUUAAGCUCAAAUGGCAAACAUCAGCCACUAGACAACUCUUUAGUGUCUGGUAUCAAGCAUCAACAGCAUACCAAUGGCAGCUUGGAUCAUCAUCCCUCAAACACAGCAGAGCCGAGUAACGGUAUCAUAUCACAAGACGGAUCAGGGAAAAAGAAAACGCCAAUGCCUUCAGAGCUUAUCACCUCUUGUGUUGCAACUUGCCUCAUGAUUAAGAUGUGCACAGAGAAGCAGUACCCACCAGCGGAUGUGGCUCAGCUGAUGGAGACAGCAGUGAGUGGCUUGCAGCCACGGUGUCCACAGAACAUGCCGAUCUACAGAGAAAUUGAGACAUGCAUGGGAUUGAUUAAGACUCAAAUCAUGGCUCUUGUAAGAACAUGAAAACAUGUCAUAAUUAACCUGACAUGUCCAAGAUGUUGUUGAUAUGAGAUUUAAUUGUUUGGAUUUUGUAGAGGUUAGUUUAGUUUUUUAGGUAGUUAAUAAGUUGAAACAGCUCUAAAAGCUCUUGUUAAUUGUUUGCCAUUGAUUCUGUAACUUUGGAGCUGUUUCUUUCUCAGUUUUGUCUCUUACUACCCCAUUUAUAAUAAAUCAUAUGCUUCGUUAACAUA